GUGGGGUAGGGUGUCACGCGGCGCGCUGAAGCGGCGUUGUUCGGCGUGUGUCCAGAAGGUUCCGCGCCGGGUCCUCUGCUCCGCGCCGCCGCCAGGAUGAUGGGCCAACGCCCCGUGCUCGUGCUCAGUCAGAAUACAAAACGUGAGUCUGGAAGGAAGGUUCAGAUUGGAAACAUCAGUGCUGCUAAGACCAUUGCUGACGUUAUCCGAACAUGUUUGGGACCAAGAGCUAUGAUGAAGAUGCUUCUGGAUCCAAUGGGUGGAAUUGUGAUGACCAAUGAUGGCAAUGCUAUUCUUAGAGAAAUUCAGGUCCAGCACCCAGCUGCAAAAUCCAUGAUAGAGAUCAGCCGUACUCAGGAUGAGGAGGUUGGAGAUGGGACCACAUCUGUAAUUAUCCUUGCUGGAGAGAUGUUGGCUGUUGCCGAGCACUUCCUAGAACAGCAGAUGCAUCCAACUGUGAUCAUUGGUGCAUAUCGUAAAGCUCUGGAUGAUAUGAUCAGCAGUCUGAACAAAAUCAGCACUCCAGUUGAUGUGAACAACAGAGAGAUGAUGCUGAAUAUAAUAAAGAGUGCUAUAAACACCAAGGCGAUAAGCCACUGGUCUGACUUGGCCUGCAGCAUUGCUCUUGAUGCUGUCAAGACUGUCGAGUUUGAGGAAAAUGGUAGAAAGGAAAUUGACAUCAAGAAUUAUGCAAAAGUAGAAAAGAUUCCAGGUGGCAUGAUCGAAGAUUCUUGUGUCUUGCGUGGAAUCAUGGUGAACAAAGACGUAACUCACCCAAGGAUGCGUCGCUAUAUCAAGAAUCCACGCAUUGUGCUUCUGGACUGUUCGCUGGAGUACAAGAAAGGAGAGAGCCAGACUGAUAUUGAAAUUACGCGUGAGGAAGACUUUGCACGCAUCCUGCAAAUGGAGGAAGAAUACAUUCAGCAGAUCUGUGAGGACUUGAUAAGGGUCAAACCGGAUCUCAUCAUCACAGAGAAAGGAAUCUCUGACUUAGCCCAGCACUACCUGAUCAGAGCCAACAUUACAGCCAUCCGCAGAGUGAGGAAAACAGACAACAACAGAAUCGCCAGGGCCUGUGGAGCUCGUAUUGUGAGCCGCGCAGAUGAGCUGCGUGACGAGGACGUGGGGACUGGAGCCAGGCUUUUUGAAGUUAAGAAAAUAGGAGAUGAGUAUUUCACCUUCAUCACAGAUUGCAAAGACCCUAAGGCCUGCACUAUCAUGUUGCGUGGAGCCAGCAAGGAAAUCCUAGCAGAGGUGGAACGCAACCUCCAGGAUGCCAUGCAGGUGUGUCGUAAUGUCCUAGUAGAUCCUCAGCUGGUGCCAGGAGGGGGCGCUGCAGAGAUGGCUGUUUCUCACGCUUUGACAGAAAAGUCUAAAGUCAUGACAGGAGUGGAGCAGUGGCCUUACCGUGCAGUCGCCCAGGCUCUGGAAGUCAUUCCAAGAACACUGAUUCAGAACUGUGGAGCCAGUACCAUCCGCAUGCUAACCUCACUAAGAGCAAAACACACUCAGGAAGGCAGUCAGACUUGGGGAGUAAAUGGCGAGACUGGAGCCUUAGUGGACAUGAAGGACCUGGGGAUCUGGGAGCCUUUAGCUGUCAAAUUACAGACCUACAAGACAGCUGUGGAGACUGCCAUCCUUCUUCUCCGUAUCGAUGACAUCGUUUCGGGGCAUAAGAAAAAAGGUGGUGAUCAAAGCAAAUCGACUGGAGCUCCAGAUGCAGCCCAGGAGUAAGAGAAGAUUUGAGGAACCAUGCCCCUUGAACUACAGUAUGGAAACAGCCUAACAAAAUUACUACUGCAUCUCCUCGGCCUGGGCCUGGGCCUGGACACAGUCUGAAGUUUGUCUGAAGUCAGUGGGUGGGAGUGAAGGUCCAUUACUGUGGGGAACGGGCUGCUGUCACGUGUGCGUUCCUCUCCUGUUUGGAGACACUGACACUUAAUUUAAGUAUAUACUGUAACUUCUGCUGUUUGCUUCAACAAUAAAAUGUGUCGCUCCUGUU